AUGCUCCCCCCGAGCAAACCUGCAGCAGCAGCAGCAGCAACAGCAGCAGUAACAGCAGCAGCUGUACUAACAGCAGCGGCAGUAGUAGCAGCAGCAGCAGUGGUAGUAGUAGCGGCAACAGCAGUAUUAACAGCAGCAGCAGCAGUGGUAGUAGUAGCGGCAACAGCAGUACUAACAGCAGCAGCAGCAGUGGUAGUAGUAGCGGCAACAGCAGUAGCAGCAGCAGCAGCAGCAGCAGCACUCACCAGCUGGCUGAGUGAAGACGAGACCAGCGCCCCCACGAUCUGCGGCUUCCCUCUGCAUGCAGCGGCUGUUGAUAUGCUUCCAGCAGCCUGCAGCACAACUAAAGGCCUCGCGUGGGGUGUAUAUGCACCUCAGCAGACGCGCAUUAAAAGCAACAAAUACAGAGGCAGCAGCAGCAGCAGAGACGCAAGCAGCAGCACAGACAGUAGCAGCUGCGGCAGCAAAACUACACCUUCAAACCACGCAAACACGCCACAAAGCAGCAGCGGCAGCAGCAGCAGCAAGCAGUGCAGCAAUAGCAGCAGCAGCAGCAGCAGCAGCAGCAGCACACCUUUGAGACCUGGAAGAGGCGACAAUUAA